AAGAAUUCAGCCCGAGGGAGAAAAAACAACAACCAGGAAGUUUCUCAGAGGAGGAAACGAAGCCGCGCUGGUGGAGUACAUACUUGGAAGUCUUAAACAUACUUUUAAAGUAUUUAAACAACAACUUAAACCUUUGAAAAGUCCAUUUGGUUGCGGUCGAAGGGCAUUGACUCCAACAACAUGGACAUUGAUCAGGAGCGUGGAGGUGUGGAACAUGAACCAGAGUCCAAGGACAAGGUGCAGACCUUGAAGGAUCAGGUAGAUGGAGUGAAAAACAUCAUGACGCAGAAUGUGGACCGGAUCCUGGCCCGAGGAGAGAGACUGGAUGAUCUAAUGGACAAGUCAGAGGAUCUGCAGGCGGGGGCUCAGCACUUCAAGCAGACUUCUCAGAAAGUAGCUCGCAAUUACUGGUGGAAGAAUGUGAAGCUGAUCGUGGUCAUCGUGGUGGUCGUCCUCAUCAUCGUUCUCAUCAUCAUCCUGCUAGCAACCGGAGUGAUUCCUGUCGGCACUCCAUUGCCUUCAAUCACUCCAACCAAAGCACCAUAAACGCCCUCACACGAAUGAAGAACAGAUCAACAUAAUGAAAUCAUAAACAGUCUAUGAUCACUGAAGACAUGCCUAUUAUACAGUUUUAAUUUAGCAACACUGACUCAGGUGAAUCAUUCCUGUCUGGUGAACUCUUUGUUACUUUAGAUUCUUCAGAUAUCUGUCCUGCUCUCGUUGUAAUUAAAGGACUUUGGUGCGAGUGACUUUAAUGGCUUUUUAAACCUUUUUCACAACACAAAUCCAUCCCGGCCAUUUUUUGAAUUUUAAAGAAAUUAAACCAAAAUCCAUUUUUGCUGCUCUCAUUCAUCUUUAUCAGUCCUCACUAUCGAACUGUUACACCAUCGAAGCUCAGUUCAUCCAAACAGAGAGGAACUAACCUGAGUCAGUGUAACUGCAGCUGAUAGACGAGGACUCCUUGGGCAUCGUACAAGUCACAAUAUUUAUUUUGAGUGUUAUCAUUCAUCUGCAUCUUUAAAAAAAAAAAGACAGUUUAUAUUGUUUAAAAGGCAAAAAUUGCAGAAUCAGGAAGAAAAAUAGCAACUUUUUUUCUCUAAAAUUGGAAACAUGCUUCAGUGUAAAACAAGUUUAGGUCACAGCUUGUUAGAAAUGGCUUGAUUGCGUGUCGUAUCUGUAUGUUUCAGUUUGUGGGCUUGUUACUUUCUAAGUUCUUCCUGUUUCUUUGUAGCUCUGCAGCGGUACUCAUCCUGCUGAAAUUCCAGUUUGAAGUAUAUGCACUCAGCACUACCUUGGUUCCCUUUUAAGAGGAGCGGGGUCCAUAUGCUAAAAAGAAUACACAGAAACAACUGUUUUGCACAUGUAUCUUUAAAUGUAGAUCAUAUACAAGUAGAUCAGCUGGUCAGUGCUUCAUUUUCUACAAUUUGUUUUAACUCUUGUACAAUUUUUAAUGUGUGACUUUUGAUACCUUAUAAUCAAACCACCGGGGUCAGCAGUCAAAGGUCUUUUCACACAGCUUACCAGCUGUGAGAAAUCACUUCCACCCCUCCUUAUUGAAUCAUGUCAAAUAGUUACAGUUAAUAACUUGAUUACUUGUCUCUGAAACAGGGAGUGUUCGUUUCUUAGAUCUAGGUCUGAAGUAAAGUUUUUAUGUUUCUCUCUCCUCUCCUCUCUCUGCUGUUACAGAACCAAAUUAUCUUCAGAGUGGUCAAAUGAUCCCUUUAUGAUCUGUAAAUAGUCGGUUUAUUUUCUCCCAACAUUUAACCAGAUCGUCCUUUAAAUUAUCUGUUUAUUUAAUACUUUAUAUCAUGGUGAUUUCUGUAUAAAUAGGUGUUCAAGGAAUGAUUAACCAUGAAAUGGUACAGUUGCAUUGUUGUUGAUUAUUUUCAAAAUGAAGGCAUAAAUUCGGCUGUGUUGAAACACAUCAUGUAUUGUGUUUUUUUGCACAGCUCUGGGGUGCAAUAUUCCUAAAUCCUCUGUCUGGUUAAAUGCGCACACAGCUGUGCUGGACCACAUUAUUCCAGGCUCAAGCUGCAGCAGGUUUUUCAUGUAUUAAAGGCUCUUUAACCCUUGUCAGUUCUCAGAACAGACAUGUUCUGCAGUAUGCUGUAGCUGAAUGUUGGAUUAGCAGGGCCUUACUCUGACAUCUGUUUUAAUGGUUUAAUUUAAAUAAAAAGUAUUUACCUCUG